CGUCUCCCCGGGGAGCAGAUAAGACACCUGUCGCACUCCACUGUCUGCCACAGUGAGAGCGACUUCGACAUUGUCAUAGCAUGGAAUUCGGCCGAGUCUUGCUUGGAUUAUGUGCCUUUUUCUACUGUCACGGAUGUGUUUCAGCCGGAGCCACAUGCAAGCUGAAGGCCAAGUUCAACCUGAGCGGUUACAAGAAUGUGGACAAGAAGAAGGUGGUUAUUGGAGGGAUGUUUCCUGUUCACAUGCGUGUUGUCGCCUCUGAACGCAACACUUCCAGGGUGCCUGUGUCCGAAGGGUGUGAGGGGUUUAACUUCCGCACCUUCAGAUGGACCCAGACCAUGCUGUUUGCCAUUAAUGAAAUUAACAGUCGGGACGACUUGCUACCAAAUACUGAUCUGGGCUACGUCAUCUAUGACUCUUGCUUCACCAUCUCCAAGGCCGUGGAGGGAACCCUCACCUACCUGACGGGCCAGGAUGAGGCCGUGCCCAACUACCGCUGUGGGAAUGGGCCGCCUCAGGCUGCUUUAGUGGGUGCUGGGGGCUCUGAUCUCUCCAUUGCCACCGCCAGGAUACUGGGACUUUAUCACUUCCCACAGGUCAGCUAUUUUUCAUCAUGCUCUGCCCUGGAAAGUAAGUUCCAGUUCCCCACCUUCCUGAGGACCAUUCCCAAUGACAAGCACCAGUCUACAGCCAUGGCCCAGCUUGUGCUGCACUUCGGCUGGACCUGGGUGGGCACCAUAGCUGCAGAUGAUGAUUAUGGCAAGUAUGGUAUCAAGGACUUCAGGGAGCAGGUGGAGGAUGCUGGUGUCUGCAUCUCCUUCUCUGAAACCCUGCCCAAGGGCGGUUCAUCAGAGGACAUCCAGCGUAUUGUGGAUACUGUAGUUGAGUCCACGGCCAAGAUCAUUGUGGUCUUCUCAUCAGACGUAGACCUCAGUCCUCUCAUCCUUGAGCUCGUACGACACAAUGUCACCAAUCGCACCUUCAUAGCCAGUGAAGCCUGGGUCACCUCUGCUCUCAUCAACCAGCCUGGGGUCAACUCAUUGCUGGGUGGUACACUGGGAUUUGGGCUGAAGAGAGCAGACAUUCCACAACUUCAGCGCCAUCUACUGGAUCUGGACCCUUAUGCUGACUCUCUGACUGAAAUAUUCUGGGAGACGUUGUUUAAUUGCACACUGGACAUGAGCAGAGCUAUGAGAGAGGCCAAAAAGAAGAACAGCACACAGUCCAGGACAGUGAGGGCGGUUCCUGACGGACUGUGUACAGGGAUGGAGUCUCUGGCAAAGGUCACUAACACAUACUCUGAUGUUUCCCAGUUACGAGUCACCUACAGUGUAUAUAAAGCUGUGUACGCUGUGGCAAACGCCUUACACAACCUGGAGCACUGUGUAGACGGACAGGGACCUUUUAAACAAGGCACCUGUGCUGACAUCACCAGCUUUGAGCCAUGGCAGCUGAUGUACUACCUGAAGAAUGUGCGCUACUCGGUGCCGCACACAGGCGAAGAGGUAUACUUCACGAACGGGGAUGUGGAAGGCUACUAUGACAUCAUCAACUGGCAGGUCAACAGUCAGGGCGAGUUAUCAUACGUCACCGUGGGACAGUUCAAUGGCUCCGCAGCUCCUGAGAACAAGAUGACCAUCACAAAUAACUCUGUUGUGUGGAACAAUGAAGAGCUGCAGCCUCCUCGGUCUGUGUGUAGUGAGAACUGUCAGCCAGGAACCAGGAAAGGGAUCCGCCAGGGAGAGCCAGUCUGCUGCUUUGACUGUAUCCCAUGUGCUGACGGAGAGAUCAGCAACUCAACAAAUGCUCGUGAGUGUAUUAUGUGUCAUGAAGAUGACUGGUCCAAUGAUGCUCAUGACACCUGUCUACCCAAAAUCAUUGAGUUUCUGGCCUUUGGGGAGCCACUCGGGAUCACACUCAUUGUCAUCUCUGCUGUUGGAGCAUUAAUUACCAUCGGUGUUAUGGUGUUGUUCAUCAUAAACAUUGGCACUCCUCUGGUGAAAGAAAAUGAUCCUCUGUUGAGUUUCUCGCUGCUCUUCGCGCUGGUGGUGACCUUCCUCUGCUCCAUCGUCUUCCUCGGGGAGCCUCAGAACUGGAGCUGCAUGACCAGCCAAGUAGCUCUUGCUCUGGGCUUUGCUCUUGCCUUGUCCUCCUUAAUGGGUAAAGCCGCAGUGUUGAUGCUGAGAGCCCAGGGUUUGAAAAAAGCUCGUAAUAAAGCCAAAGCUGCAGCCAAAGCAGCCAAAGAAGCCAAAGAAGCAGCUCAAGCAGCGGCGAGCAGUGGCAGCCCUGAUGUCAUUGUGACCAACACAAAUGCAAACAACAACAAUGAUACCAAUGCCUCUCCUAACCCUGAAGUUGACGCUCUCACCUGUGCCCACCAGAGGGCGAUAGCUGCUGUAGCAACAUUAAUUCAGGCUAUUGCAUGCACAGUGUGGCUCAUCGUCAUUCCUCCUCAUCCUAUCAAAAACACCUCAGCCCAGAAUAUCAAGAUCAUUCUGGAGUGUGACGAAGGCUCUGUGAUCUUCAUCUGUUGCAUCUUCGCCUAUGACAUCCUGCUGGCUCUGGUCGCCUUCAUCUUUGCGUUCAUUGCACGAAAACUGGAGGACAACAUCAGUGAGGGGAAAUGUGUGACCUUUGGCAUGCUCGUCUUCUUCAUCGUGUGGAUCUCCUUUGUCCCUGCUUACCUCAGCACACGUGGAAAGUUCAUGGUAGCCGUUCAGAUCUUUGCUAUCCUGGCCUCCAGCUUUGGUCUGCUGACCUGCAUCUUCCUGCCCAAGUGCUACGUUCUGUUAGUCAAACCUGAGCGCAACAAGGAGGAGCUGAUGAGGCCCCGACCCAAACCCCGCGACGGGUCCUCAACUGGGACCUCGGCUUCACUCGCUACAACCGCCACCGAGGUCAAUGCCACGACUGCAUCCACCGAUUAAUGUUGAGAUAAUCAGAAAUAAACUGAGCCACACAUUUCUAAUUGCAGUUCAUGUAGGUGGGAGUGGUGAAACUGCUUCACUGGGCAACUGGUCCAGCUCGUUAGGGUUCCUGCUCUUGUUAUUUGCAUUUUAUUUUUAAUCUUUAUAUAUAUAUUAUUUACACAAAGUUUAUAUUUAUAAUAACUCUUGUAACUUGAGUAGCUUCUUAUGUUUGAUUUCAAUAAGCGAUAUCCACGAGGAAAUAAAACUGCUACCUCAAUCACUAAACUAUUAAACGUGCAAAUUCAGUGACAUGCAAUAAAUGGUACAAGAUACAAGGCAAACCUUUACAGACAAUAUAAUUUUUUCUUAAUUAGUUUUGCUAUGAUUUCUGUAUAACAACGCUGACUGUCAAAGCUGUUGUUGUUUCAGUUUGUGGUAGAUGAAAUAAAACCAAGGCAGCGUUUAUCUCAGAUAUCUUUCUGCUCUGCUUUUAGUUGCAAAUCAAAUUCAAACACAUCUGACUUUCUCGGUGUAUAACUUUGUUGACACAAGACAGUUAAUGGUGUAAUAAAAUAUUAUUUUUAGUCACAAUAA